CCUGACCGUCAGGGGCUUUCAGUUUACUUUUAGCUGCUGGUCUAGAGUCCUGUGCUGUGUUGUUCCGUCCUGGAUCGUUUUCUCUUCUUCGACUGCAGUGUGUGUUUGCCGUUUAAUUAAUAUUGUGAUAAUUGGACUUGCUUUGUUCUAUACUGUGAGCUGGAAGAAUCGAAGAUUUUCAGUUUAAUUUUAUAAAACUAAAUAGUGAGAAGUGCAUCUUUGGCUGAUUGAAACACGCUCAAAAUCAUGUAAACACUUCUGGAAACCAAACGUUCUGAACAACGAGAAGUCAUUAAACGAAAAAAAAACUAUUUCACGACCUCGGUGAAAAAAGUGAACCAGUGCGUGUACGGAAAUACAAGGGUCGAAGAGCUGAAUUUAUUGUGCAUUCUAACAGUUGUUUACCUAUCCUCAACCCGGGGCCUAAGAAAGAGAAAACAAAUCCUCACGGUCGUGGGUGUGUGUGUGAGAGAGAGUGCCGAAAAAGUGCAGUGGAGAAUUUAUAAUUAUCCGCUUUUUGAACCAAGCGGUCUUCAGCAGAAGCAGGUACCGACUGGGCAGCAGCGCGAAAGAAUUUAAUUGGCUGCUGGAAGCUAAUAAAAGUGGAGUGCGUUUCAGUGUCCAGCCAGAAUCUCAGUGUUUUUUAGAAACUCGGUUUCGGUAUUCAAUUUAUGGCUUCUAAGAUGAAUCUAUCGUUUGCCGGUUGCGGUUUCUUGGGAAUCUAUCAUGUCGGAGUGGCCGUUUGCUUCAAGAAGUAUGCCCCGCAUCUACUGCUGCACCGGAUCAGUGGAGCUUCAGCCGGAACGCUGGCCGCUUGCUGCUUGCUGUGCGAUAUGCCAUUAGGUGAAAUGACAUCGGACUUUUUCCGGGUGGUAAACGAAGCUCGCAGCCAUUCGCUGGGACCGUUCAGUCCGCGGUUCAACAUUCAAACCUGCCUGCUCGAGGGUUUGCAGAAGUUUCUGCCACCUGAUGCACACGAACGGGUUAACGGAAAGCUACACAUAUCACUUACCCGGGUUUAUGAUGGUAAAAAUGUAAUCGUUUCACAGUUCAACAAUCGAGAGGAUUUGCUACAGGCCCUCCUCUGCGCGUGCUUCAUUCCGGUGUUCUCCGGCAUCCUACCGCCAAGAUUCCACGGCGUCCGCUACAUGGACGGAGCCUUUUCGGAUAACCUACCAACAUUGGACGAGAACACCGUUACGGUAAGCCCUUUCUGCGGCGAGUCGGACAUCUGCCCCCGUGACAACAGCCCCCAGAUGUUUCACGUCAACUGGGCCAACACCAGCAUCGAGCUGUCCAAGCAGAAUAUGAACCGCUUCGGACGUAUUCUGUAUCCACCGCGGGCGGAAGUUCUGUCCUCCUUCUGUCAGCAGGGUUUCGAUGAUGCGCUGAAUUUUCUCCAUCGGAACAAUCUGAUCAGUUGCACUCGAUGCCUCUCGGUGCAGUCGACUUUUUGUGUGUCCGAUCAGCCGACACAGUUGGAAGAUCAGCUGCUGGAGGAGUACGAUCCGGAGUGCAGUGAGUGCAAAGAAUGCAUCAAACACAGAGAGAAUGCCAUCGGGGGAAGUAUGCCGGACACGGUGCUGACCGUUUUCCAGACCUAUAUGGAUCAAGCGAACAAGGGACUGAUGAAUUGGAUUUUCCGUCACCGAGGGGCCAAGCUGCUGAAGGCACUUUCCUUACCGGCCACCCUGCCUGCCGAUAUCGUUUGCGCCACACUAACCAAACUAAUGGGUGCAACUCCCGCCAUCGGUAACCAGCUGUGGUCCGUCAGUCAGUUUGCCCUGAAGACGCUGAACUCCAUCCUGGUUAAAAUGCGCAUACGCCAUCAGCUCAGCGCCAAUCUGCAGUACCAAAUCGCUUACACCGAAUACUCCGGCAGCUUGCGGGGGCAGCGUCACAGCCAUCGAGUAGGAUCGCUGCUAGAUCUUCGGCGAGACACCGGUGCCGAGCUGCUUUCGGUUAUUACCGGGGAAAACAACAACGAGAUAGUGGAGCAUGCGCAUCACCAUCACCGUCAGCUUCUGAAGGGACGUGCUGAUGAUAGCUUCGAGGAAGAUCAUCCCGAUUACGACACCUUCAAUCACAUCCUGGAAGCUAUUUCGCACCACGAUGCAAUGUACGCGUACUAUUAUAUGGAUGAUAACAAUGAGGUUAAGGUAACGGAAAUCUUCGAUAUGACCGAGGACGCAAGUCCGGCCAUUCAAACGAUGCAGGAGCGGGAGCUGAACCAGCAGCUGGAGUUCGACCACGAUUGGGAAACAACACAGCCAGAUUUCCAUUUUAACGAGUCGUACAGCGGAGACAAUAUGAUUGAUCUGGAUGACAUGUUCGAUCCGGUGCUCUACGCGAAGUAUCCACCUAAACCGCAGCAUCACCCUCACCUCCAGCACCAUCCAGCGCAACAAUAUCAGCCUUUCCAGCCGCAGCUCAUUCUCGAAGACAGCACCCCGCUUUCCAAUCACCAGUGGCAGUGUUCCCAGAUUCAGAUCGAAGAACAGCAGGGUGAUGACGAAACCUAUCUGCAACCGGAAGCCGACCAGCAGCAGGCGUUGAUUUCGGAAGCGGCAGCGCUGCUGCUAAGUAAACCGCAAUCUUCCUCGGUUUUUUCGCUUACGGACGUGUGAGUGGGUAACACCGGCCAACAUUCCAAAUCCUCCUCCCUUUUUUUAAAUCAUACGCUCACACAAUAAAACUGUGAUGCGAGUUAUUACGUUGAUAUUACACAGGAACCGUACAGUUACCAUAGCGAACUAGUGAACCAAAUGGUGCGUAGUUUUACACUAUUUUUUCCACGAAUGAGUUAGUAAGUGUUUGUGUGUUUGUGUGUGUGAUGUAAGAAGACCCUUUUGUAAGGCGUGUGAUGGGACCAAAGGAUGUAAAAAUGUUAGGAAGAUGCGCUCGUAAUACGCUAGGGCAAAUUUUUUUAUCAAAUAUCAAACCAAAAAAAGGAAUAGGCAGGAACCUAUGUAAAACUGAACUUUUACAUCGAAGAUAUGGUUUUAUGUUAUAUUGUUCAGGACAAGUUCCACGCUUAGCGAACCGCAUUAUGACAAUUUUAGCUAUUCAAUCGUAGAGUAAGUAUAUCUGUUCUAAUCAAAACUAUCAGUUUUUGAACGGUAUUUGUUUUAGCAAACUGAUUGUGAUGUUUUUAGGUAGACUAUAUAUCGUAAGAGUAAAGAAGAAACAAAAAAAAAAAAUGAAUGACGUUACGCAGUGCGGAAAAGGGCAACAAAUUGAAAAGUUUUCCUGGCUGUGCAAUAAGAAAAACGAUUUUUUCCAGUCAAAGCCUAUUGACUAAUCCACUGUUGUACCUUCUUUCCUAACGGGAUCGAAAAUUAUCCGGUAGCGAAGUAUUUAUGAGCUAAGUGUUUUUUAUUUUAUUUUGUAUCACUGAAAUUACUUUCUGAUGUUUUACCUUGAAAUAGCUUUUAUUAAAAACGUGUAAAAGUUUCCAUAUAGAACUUAGUACGCCUAUUCUAUUUAUCAUCGACUACGUUAGUGUAACCGAAGCUCCUAUAUUUAUGAAUGACAUUUUACAGAACAAUAAAAGGUAUGAAAAUAAA